AUGUUGGCACUUUUCCUAGUCCUGGAAUUUCUUCUUCACACGACACAGGGAGAACCACAGACUGGAAGUUGUAAAGAUAUAUUACAGGGUUACCUAACAGGACAACUGUCGUCUGCUCUAGGAGCAUAUCAGGUAGAAGCUUUAAGGCGAGAAUUCAAAAGUUUCACUGACGUCAUCGAGGAAUCUAUGAAAAGGUUCAAGGAGCAGGUGAACGCUAGCAUACAGGAAGAAGGCGUAAGAAACAAAAACAUCGUAUAUAUCAGAUGGGGAAAGAAGAUGUGUCCUUCGCAUGCAAAGGAAAUUUAUUCAGGAUUCGUUGGAGGAUCACAUUAUUCUCACACAGGAGCGGCUGUAGAUCCUCUCUGUUUACCAAAGGACCCAGAAUGGGAGGUCCACAAUGAUGGAAAUGAUGGAGCUAUGGCUUAUGUGUACGGAGCAGAGUACGAAACAAAUACUUUCACGAAUCAUUUUCCUUUACUUCAUGAACAUGACGUACCAUGUGCGGUGUGCUUUGUUCAAAACAGAUCCGUUGUAAAAGCAUUUCCAGCAAGAAAAACCUGUUACAAAGGCUGGAACCUCGAGUACCAGAGUUACCUAAUGGCUGGAUACUAUAACCAUUCGGCUGCUACAACAUACACGUGUGUUGACAAAAAUCCAGAUACAUUACAUGGCGGUCAUGCAAAUAAAAAUGGCUACCUUUUUUAUUUUGUAGAAGCUCAAUGUGGUUCAUUGAAAUGCCCACCAUAUGUUCAAGGAAGAGAACUACUUUGUGCUGUUUGUUCCAAAAAGUGA